UAGGAAACUACUAACUCUUUAGUUCCGAGCAGAUAGCAUGCUAGGCGUUUACUCUUAAAUCCUUUGCGAUCGCUGGACACCUUGACAAGGCUCACACAACCAUCACAGCUCGCACAAAUAUACAAAUUUUGAAAUGUUUCAACCGGAGUACGAACAACGUUUGCUUCAUGGACUAGUGGACGGAAACAAGGAGCAGUUGGAUCUGCGCUGCAUUCCUAGACGGGCUGGCAAUCAGUGGGCCCGAAACUAUGCCCUCGCUCCCGGAAACUCCAGCGAGAACUCUGCAUAUGCGUGUUUGUUGCGCAACGAGUUCCUGGAUACCAAAAUCACCUCUCUGGAUCAGUGUAAACAAGGUACGAAGGUCCAUGCCCAGACGGGCGACUUCAAGGUGCGAGAGAAGACCCGGAUCUAUGGGUUUGGCAAUGGGAGUUUGCCCCCGUUGCGUACACCAUUCGCCAACAUCAGUGAGUCCAGCCAGCGGCUGCUUAACAUCUCCAAGAAACCAACGCGGCGGCUUCCACGACUCCCUUACAAGAUUCUUGAUGCACCAGAGCUGCAGGAUGACUUCUACCUAAACCUCAUCGACUGGUCUUCUGAGAACACUUUGGCCGUGGGCCUGGGCUGUUCGGUUUAUCUAUGGAGCGCACUCAGCGGUCAGGUAACACGGCUUUGUGACUUCAGCCAGGAGGACAACCUGGUCACAGCGGUUAGUUGGCAAGGUGGCGGACGUCAGGUUGCCAUUGGAACCCUGUCCGGCUAUGUGAGCAUCUGGGAUGCGGAGAAGCAGAAGCAACUCAAUCGGCUUGACGGGCAUUUUGGACGGGUAACUGCGUUGGCAUGGCGCGGCAACAGUUUGGCCAGUGGAUCCCGCGAUCGCUCCAUUCUGCAGCGAGAUGUCAGAAAUCCGCCGACGCACAUAACCCGCUGCUUGCGCGGACACAGACACGAGGUGUGUGGCCUCCAGUGGUCGCCCAACAAUCGCUACUUAGCCAGCGGGGGAAACGACAACCGCCUGCUGGUGUGGGCGGAAAACUACCCGGAUCCCAUCUACGCCUUCGAAGAGCACAAGGCGGUGGUGAAAGCGCUGGCCUGGUCGCCACACAAGUCCGGUCUUCUAGCCAGUGGGGGCGGGUCUGCUGAUCGGUGUCUGCGCUUCUGGAACGUGCUUACCGGCAAGCUGGUGCAAUGCAUCGAUACGGGCGCCCAGAUCAGCAACCUGGCCUGGGCACGGGGCUCCUCGGAGUUAGUUACCACUCACGGACAGGCGCAGCCACAGGUCAUCGUGUGGCGUUAUCCCUCGCUGAAGCAAGUGGUCAGGCUUUCCGGCCACACCCACCGGGUUCUUUAUUUAGCCGUGAGCCCAGACAGCGAGUCUAUAGUCACCGGAGGAGCAGACGAGACGCUCCGUUUCUGGACCGUGUUCACCAAGCAAAAACCGCCAAAAGUGCCAAACUCCGUGCUCAGCCUGUAUCAAUCUAUAAGAUGAGAACGAAAUUGCGACGUACCCCUUAGUUAAUCGGGGGAAUUAUAUUUUUUACAAACCACAGAUUUGUUUAAUAGCACUUAAUUCAUUUUAUUUAUCGAUUAUCUGCAAUGU